GAGAAGGGGAGAACUCGAAAGUUUCUUAGAUACAUACUACCAUGGUGCGGUCUACAAUAAUUGUGCGGGCGUCGGAUGCUCUUCCAUUGUCUGCCAGUGUAGACGACGAACAGACAGAACAAGUUCUUCAAGAGCACAAGCAACAAUCCAAGCUCAUUUUCAGACGUAUAACGCCCAAUUCAGAACCACGGUGCUCAAUCGAGAGUGGACAAUAUACUCUACAUUACCUUAUUGCAGAUAAUGUCGUGUACUUAACCAUUGCAGACAAGUCAUAUCCUCGGAAACUUGCGUUCUCGUACCUAGACGAGCUAUCGAAGGAGUUUGCAGUGUCGUAUGGUCCUAAGGUUGAGACCGUGCGGAAACCAUAUGCCUUCGUUGGAUUUGACACCUUCAUGUCAAAAACUGCCCGAUUAUAUCGGGACACGAGAGCAGCGAAUCAAGGCAGCUCGAAUCUGGACAAAAUAAACGACGAGCUUCAAGACGUGACGAGGAUCAUGACCAAGAACAUGGAAGAACUUUUGUGGAGAGGAGAUUCACUAGACAGGAUGUCGCAUCUGUCAACUUCUCUCCGGUCCGAAUCUGAAAAGUAUCGUAAAGCAGCGAGAAAUAUAAACAUCCAAGCUAUGAUACGACAAUACGCCCCAUUGGGAGCUAUAGGGCUCAUUGUUAUCAUUCUACUAUGGUGGCGGUUUUCAUGAGGGAUUGGACGCAUGUUGCAUUCUACGUUAUUAUAUUAACUCGUAGUAUUCAAGUUGUCGUGGACCGUACUGGGACUUAGACGCUCCAGGUUAGUCAGCUGGCGGAUAAUAUCGGUUAGCGUUGUUUCUUAUGAUGUUACCGCCACUAUCAUAUCUCUGUACAUUAUCCAGAAUGGUAGUUCUCUUGGCAGAAUGCCUUGUAACUGAAGCUUGUGAUGAAGUUC